CGGAGCAUGGCCUGGAACACCAACCUCCGGUGGCGGCUGCCCAUCACCUGCCUGGUCUUGCAGUUGAUCACGGUGGUUCUCUUCGGCGUGUUCGUGCGCUACGACGUCCAGGCGGAUCCCAGCUGGUGGUUGGAGAAAAAGACCAAGAACCUUUCCAGCGACCUGGAGAAUGAAUUUUACUAUCGCUACCCGAGCUUCCAGGACGUGAACGCCAUGGUCUUCGUGGGCUUCGGCUUCCUCAUGACCUUCCUGCAGCGGUACGGGUUCAGCGCUGUAGGCUUCAACUUCCUGCUGGUCGCUUUCGGCAUCCAGUGGGCCCUGCUCACGCAGGGCUGGUUCAGGUUCUUCUCCAAAGGCCGCAUUCUCCUGGGCAUUGAGAACAUCAUCGAGGCUGACUUCUGUGUGGCAUCUACCUGCGUGGCCUUUGGGGCAGUUCUAGGCAAGAUCAGCCCCAUCCAGCUGCUCAUCAUGACCUUCUUCCAAGUGAUCCUCUUCACAGUGAAUGAAUUCAUCCUCCUGAGCCUGAUAGAGGCAAAGGAUGCAGGGGGCUCUAUGACCAUCCACACAUUUGGCGCCUACUUUGGGCUCACAGUGACCUGGAUCCUCUACCGAAAAAACUUGGAGCAGAGCAAGCAGAGGCAGAGCUCAGUGUACCAUUCGGACCUCUUUGCCAUGAUUGGCACCCUCUUCCUGUGGGUAUACUGGCCCAGCUUCAAUUCAGCUAGUUCCGCCCACGGAGACACCCAGCACCGAGCGGCCCUCAACACCUACCUCUCCUUGGCGGCUAGUGUGUUAACCACAGUGGCUGUGUCCAGCGUCAUACACAAGAAGGGCAAGCUGGACAUGGUGUACAUCCAGAAUGCCACACUUGCAGGUGGGGUGGGCAUGGGCACAGCUGCGGAGAUGAUGGUCACAUCCUACGGCGCCCUCAUCGUGGGCUUCUUCUGUGGCAUCUUCUGCACCCUAGGAUUUGCCUACCUAACGCCAUUCCUGGAGUCCCACCUGCACAUCCAGGACACAUGUGGCAUUCACAACCUGCAUGGCAUUCCUGGCAUCAUAGGUGGCAUCGUGGGUGCUGUGACAGCCGCCUACUCCUCCCCUGAUGUGUACAGACUGCCAGGGAUAGUCCAUUCCUCUGGUUUCGGGGGCUAUAAGAUGGAGGACACGAAGAAAAUGCAAGGCAGGUCCCAGAUAUUUGGCCUCCUCCUGAGUUUGGCCAUGGCCCUGGUGGGCGGCAUCAUUGUGGGACUUAUUUUGAAAUUGCCAUUCUGGGGACAAGCUGCUGAUGAAAACUGCUUCGAGGACUCCGUCUACUGGGAGAUUCAUGAAGAGGUGAACACUGUCUACAUUCCUGAGGAUCUCACCCACAAGAAUCCUUCUUCUCUGGUGCCUGCGGUACCCUUGGUCCUUCCAUCACCUUCAGCAUCCAUUUGUCCAGUCCCUCCAACACCUCCAGUGUCCUUAGCAACUCCAAUACCUUCAGCAGCCUUGGUACACUAGACUCCCAGGGCAGGUGGGAAGCAGGCUCCACAGACUGUCCUCACACUCUGGAAAGAGCUGGGCCGACCUAGCUGGGAACUCAGGAGCAAGGCAGCCAGCCGAAAGGCCUGCUGGUCUGUCCCCAGCACCUCCCACACCCCCUUCAUCCCAGGGGGCUUGGCUGAGAAUGGAGGAGAU